AUGCAUCCUCCCAUUGAGAAAUGCAACGUCAGUGUGCAUAGAAAUGCAGAAGAUGCUGAUACUGGUGCGUCUGAUCUGUUGACUGCGCCCACAAAAACUAAUUCUGGUGGAUCUAGUUCGUUGACCGCAUCGAUUGGAAACUACUACGAUGUGUUCUUGAACUUUAGAGGUGUAGAUACUCGAAAGGGUUUCACUGAUCACCUCUACAACGGGCUUGUCGAUGCUGGAAUUCAUACUUUUAGAGACAAUAAUGAGAUUCGGGAAGGAGAGAUGAUCGGCCCAGAUCUUUUGACAGCCAUCAAGAAUAUGGAACCAGCUCACGUGCGACAUCAAAUCGGGAGUUUUGGGGAUGCAUUUCAUAAGCGCGAGAGGCGUUUUGACCCAACAAUUUUCGAUAAAUGGAAGCAAGCACUCCUUGAAGUUACUUCCUUGAAAGGAUGGGAAGCUGAUGGGUAUGAAGGAGAAUUGGUAAAAUCGAUUGUUCGGAAAGUGUUAAGUGAGUUGAAAGAAAAGUUUGAGUUGGAUAUUUCUGAGAAUUUGGUUGGAAUUAACAGUCAUGUGGAGAAGAUUAUAAGAUUUGUAGAUAAAAGUCCUUGUGACACCCUAUUUGUUGGCAUCCAUGGAAUGGGAGGCAUUGGCAAGACAACUCUUGCUAAAACCAUCUACAACAAGCUCUUAAAUAAAUUUGAGUAUUGUAGCUUCAUUGCUAAUAUUAGGGAGUCGGGGGAGCGCUUUGGCAUUCAUUGCUUACAAAAUCAGUUAAUCGUUGAUAUAUUGAAGCAAGACAAUCAAGCUCGUAAUAAGGAUGAAGGGAUUAAGAUCCUCUCAUCAAUGCUCAAAGGUAAGAAAGUCCUCAUUCUUCUUGAUGAUGUAGACGAUUACGAUCAGCUGAAAGCUUUGGCUGGAAAUCAUCAUUGGUUUUCUUCAGGAAGUAGGAUCAUUAUUACCACCAGAAACAAGAGUAUUCUUGACAAUGCUGAGGUGAACUACAACUAUGAACAUGAGGAAUUGGAUAGGGAUAAAUCUUUGAUUCUGUUUAGUAGACAUGCAUUUCGAAAGGACUCUCCUCCAAGUGAAUUUGAAGACCUUGCUUAUGAUGCUGUGUCCACCACUGGAGGGCUUCCCUUAUCUCUUGAGGUUCUAGGUUCAUAUUUGUGCGGACAAAAGCCAAUUCUAUGGGAGGAUACGAUAAAAAAGUUAAGAAAAGUCCCUCAUAAGAAAGUGCAAGAAAAGUUAAGGAUAAGUUAUGAAGCAUUGGAUUAUAGACAAAAACAAAUAUUUUUGGAUAUCGCUUGCUUUUUCAUUGGGACCAGCAAAAGAAAAGCAUCCUACAUGUGGGACGCUUGUGACUUUUUCCCAAAGGAAGGAAUUGAAGUAUUGAAGUUUUUGUCAUUAAUAAAAGUUGGAGAUAAUCAUGAGCUUAGAAUGCAUGAUCAAUUGAGAGAUCUUGGUAGGGAAAUUGUCCGCGAGGAAAACGAGCAGGGACCUGAAUAUCGUAGUAGGUUAUGGGACUCGACGGAAGUCUGGGAAGUGCUUAAGGCAAAUGAGGGGACAAAAAAGAUUGAGGCCAUUUGUCUUAGCUCGGCGAAACCAUUGACCAAGGCAACAACAUCCUUACGGAAAAACAAUUCGAGAAGUUAAGGAACCUAAGAUUCCUUGAUGCGAGUGGAGCACAUUUUAGUGGACAUUUUGAGAACUGGACUAAGAAGUUAAAAUGGCUUCGAUGGCACAGUUGUCCCUUGACUUUUG